CACUGACCACUGUUUCUUUAGCCCUUGACGUGUUCUUUUCCUCGUGUGAUCGAUAACAACUACACAAUAAGAGUCCAUUUCACGAUUGCAAGGAGAGAUCUUUACGGUAAACAAAAACCAACAAUCUCAUCAUCCCACCCUAGCCUUGAUUAACAAUCACCAAAUCCUGGUCUCAACACAAAACACAACAUCAUCAGUGUACCACUUCGAUCCUCAAAAAGCAGUGAUCACUUGAAGUAACCAUGUCUUCUAUAUCGUCUUCAGCUCCAAAUCGAAACACGCUGAACCAACGUGCUUCCAGAGCUCGGCGGAAGACAUACAUCAGCGACCUAGAGCGCAAAGUCCGAGACUUCGAGGCUCAUGGCGUCAAGGCGACUGAAGAAGUUCAACGAGCCGCGCGACGGGUUGCCGACGAGAAUCGUUUGUUGCGAGAACAGAUCCACGCCUUGCGAGUAAGAAACGCAGAGCUCGAAGCACUUUUGGCCCCUGGGUCAACGACGACGGCGGGCGCUCACGGAAACGGAACCCUGCAAUAUUCUUACAACCAACCAAACAUGACCACCAAGGAAAGUGAACAGCAAUAUCCCUCGCCGCCGCAGAUAUACGAGGCGUCGACUACUUCCGUGAAAUCCGAACGCGACGAACGCGAUCUGGCUGGUGCCGAACUUUUGGCCGCCGCCUCGUCGUCAUACGGAAACUACCCUCGGUUCGGUCAACAACCGUCGACAACACACGAUGAGACUUCCAGUGUUCCUGGUCCAGUCCUCGGCGGAAGUCGCUCUGCCUCACCGAUCUCCGAUGAUGGUACGGUAGACAUGGACGACGACGACGAGCAGUCGAGUGUGACGACGCCUCACAGACAUACUCAGACCAACACUUACCAUACUUUAAACCACUCCAACACGUCACCGAGCCACCACGAGAACAACGCUCCCUGGUCAAAUAGUACAUCGUGUGCACAAGCGGCCAUGAUCAUAGCGAGUAUGCGCGGCCUACCGUCGUCUGACGAAUGUAUCGCCUCGGAGAUCCUGUCCGAACUUGGAUGCAGACCAUCGUCAAACGGUAGAGGAAAUCACAUAAACCACAAGGUUGUAUAUUCCAACCUCACUUCGGAUACCAACAAACAAUGUUCAUCACAGGAUCUUCAGAAUUGCCACGUCGAGAAUACCAGAUUAUUCGGGAUACUCGAUCAGGAGAAGAGAUUUGCUUGAGAGUGCGACUCGCCGCCACCGAUCGAGACGAGACAAGGAAGAACUUGACUGUCUAAUAAAAACAUAGCGUUGCGAUGGCCAGAAAGUGGUGUU